GCACCAGAGAGGUGGUGCUAUUGCGGUUUGGGGUAACCCUGCGCAAACUCAAGCUGAACGCAUAUCCCCCUUGUCCUGUUGUUAUGGAUAAAUGAUGACUGUUUCGCGCCUGGUGAGUUUGUGGACUUGAGUUGAUGGAGAAAACGUCACGACGUGCCUUUUCACGGAAAAGUGUCAGUAUUUGGCUCAGCAUUUGCACGUUUCAUCCUGGAAACAGAAUCGUAGGUGGAGAUAUGCCUUUACUAUGUGACAGUCUACUGAAGCGCUUGCCUUGCUGAGCGCCCCAUAGUUCAAGACUUUAUUGACCUCCUCAAAGACUUUGAGCAUGGGGGAAAUGUCCAGCGAGCGGAGACCGCGACUUUGUGUCAUGACAAAAGGGGACAACGGCUACGGAUUUCACUUACAUGGAGAGAAAGGGAAAAGUGGACAAUACAUCCGUAAAGUAGAGCCUGGGUCACCAGCUGAGGCGUCCGGGCUGCGCGCAGGGGACAGAGUAGUGGCAGUAAAUGGGGCGAACGUGGAGAGAGAAACGCACCAUCAGGUGGUACAACGGAUUAAAGCUGUAGAGAAUGAGACUAGACUGCUUGUAGUGGACCAGGAAACGUAUGAAAGUCUGCGCAGUCUGCACCUCACAGCAACUGAAGAGAUGGCUAUUGUUGGAGGUGGAACCCAGUCUUCUUCUUCAUCUUCUACCCCUGCUCCCUCCCCACGUCCUAGCACACCCUCUGCCCCCUCAACACCCACAAAGAAGAGGGAAAACGGCUCUGUGGCCAAGCAGCCUGUGCAGAAGCCCACCAGGAGGUCACCGUCAAAGGCUGCCAAGAAGGAGGCUCAAGCGCUGAUGGAGGCAGAGGCCCAGGCACAGCGAGCUCUCGCCCAAACGCCGGACCUGUCCCCUCGCCUGUGUCAUAUGGCGCGCUCAGACACAGGCUAUGGCUUCAACCUCCACAGUGACCGCUCCAGACCGGGACAGUACAUCCGUUCUCUGGACCCUGGAUCGCCUGCAGACCAGGCCGGAUUGCGACCUCAAGACAGGCUAAUAGAGGUGAAUGGUGUCAACAUCGAGGGCAUGCGGCAUGGAGAAGUGGUGGCCUUCAUUAAAAGAGGAGGAGAUGAGACGUGGCUGCUGGUGGUGGAUCCAGAGACAGAUGAACACUUUAAGAGGAGAGGGAUUACGCCAACACUUAAUCAUGUCAAAGACUAUGAUGGCCCUCCCGUUUGCAAUGGCCAGCCCAGUCCUCAGAUCAAUGGAGGCUCCAGCACACAGUCCAUCCGCUCCACGCAGUCUGACCUCAGCAGCCACGGCAACAGUACGCAGUUGGCUGAUGACGAUGGAAGCCAGCUGUUGGACCCUUUCUCUGAGAUGGGCUUGCGACUGAGCGCCACAGCGGCAGAAGAAAAAAUGAAAAUUCAUGCCAAAGAAAAGAGGAGAGCACCACAGAUGGACUGGAUGAAGAAAUAUGAGCUUUUCAGAAAUUUCUAAAGUGUUUUCUUUCAAGGUUAUUCACAAAAUUUUCUCCUUAAGCUGAUCCUAUCCAACUGAAGACAAUCUCUUCCUGUAAUGAAAUGUGACCAAAGGAUGUGCAAUGGAUGUUAAGCCACUCUAUAGACAGCUCCAAACAUAUGUUUACCUUGCCUAAAAGUUAAAGACAGUUUUAAACACUUUUUUACAAUCAUAAUUUUGCCCUCAAAGACUGAAAGGGUGAAUUUAUUUUUUAUAUGAAGACAUUUUUGUUGAAAAUUGUGGACACAACACUGUGAAUGAACUUGCUGUUAAAAACACAGAAACCACACCAACAUACAGAAGAAAUGCAAAAAAUAUAUAUGUAUCUAUCAUUUUUGACAAACACUAAUACCUUACUACUACUCUUGAAUAGAUAUUCUUCCAGAUUCCUAAGAAUAUUAAAUCGAGUAUUUCUCUAGUUCCAUACAUUGUCCAUUAGUUUUUAACACAGGGAAACACCACUUAUAAAAAAAAUCAAUAAGUCCAUAUUGGCAAACAGAAUGUAAAAGAAAUGACCACCAGUUAAUGCACUAUGCAAAAUAUCAAGUAAUAAAACAACAACUUUAACAUUGAAUUCAUUUAGAUAUUAAAACUAUGGGCUACAACUUUCCCUCUUUGAAUUUAAAACAUGUUUUCCACAGUAUUAUUUGACUGAUCAGCAAAGGACAGCCUUUUAUUCAAAGGAUAGCAGAUGAAUUUAAAUACAGUAUAAUAUUCACGCAUUGUAAUGUGAGUACAGCUGUUAAUAUGAAGUUUACAUUUGGUAAAUUAUAACUAUAAAAGUUGUACAUUAAAUGAGGUGCGAGCCUGGUCCAUUGUUGGAGGCAUAGUGUGAACAGUGAGGUCAUAGAUGAUGGGAGGAUCUGCAGAGGAAGACUGCAGGAGCCAUAGAGCUUACAGUGGAUUACUGCCACACAAGGACAGCUGUUAUACAUAUGUUCACACGCUUUGGAAAGACUGCUUUGUGGAAAGAAAGAUGUACCACUGCACUAAACAGCCCACCCACAGUGACCUGACAACAAGCCAGACUCUGCUGUUUAUCUUUUUGUAUGCAGAAACUUCAAAGGAGUUGUAGGCAAUGUUUUGACUGUAUAAUUUUACUCAUCAACACCAGAUGGCAGUAUUGUGUAAAAAGGCCUAACGAUUCAUUCCAUCUUUAGCUCUUCUGGGCAAGGUUAUGAGAGCACAGCUGUUUCAACUUCCCCCUCCCCAGACACUUCCAUAAGAUGAAAAUUAGGAAAAUCUACUAUCAUGAGCAUCUUUGUUGUCCUCUGUCUGUUUGCUGAUCAUUGAUACUGGUCCAUGAUCCCAGCACAUUCAAAAAAUUUGACAAAUCUUUUGCCAUUUAAUAAAUUGUCACUUAAUAGAGUCUUCAGAGACAAAAAUAUUUCAUGGAAACAGCUUUGUUGCUAUCACUCAAUUAAUGCAAACCAAUAGCUAGAAUGAGACCAUAACUUUUUGUGUCAUUCAAAAACACCAACAAUGGCCAUUAACAAAAUGAAAAUAAAAUGCAAAAUACAACUUGGAGUCAUUUUUUCAAGGGAAUUGUGAUGUUUGGCAGCCUGUAUAUUACAUAACAGUUUUUAAUAUAUUUCAUGUGUGUUCUAUAUGUGUCCUGCUCUAAUCAAUCAAUCAAUAUUCUCCAUAUUGUAAAGACACA